AUGGCAGAAUAUUUCUCGGAAGUGCUGAAAGCAAUGGAAUUACCGAGAUUGAUGGUAAACCGGGAGAUAUAUCUUAAGAAGAGUACAGCUUUAUAUGAAAAAUUUAAUAGAAACAGCUUAACUGUAGCUUGGUUAAGGGAAAGCAAUAUAAAUACUACUUUAAGGAUGUUGGAUCAUAUCCUAUGGCGAAUACAUUUUAAAGAUAUAUUUGUAAUUUAUGAAACGGAGCCGGAGAGUAAUUUGAAUGACAAACAAUUGAUGGCUAUAUUUCAAGGGUGCUGGAGUAAGGGUUUUAUAUCGGUUUUAUUGUGGCACCAAGAGCAACUCUAUACAUAUCAUCCAUAUCCAAAAAUUAAAGUGCUACGUUUGCAAAAUGUUCAGCAAUUUAUGGAUAAAAGACAUUUAAAUAAUUUUCAACAAUACACUUGUCCCAUGCCAUUUUUCGACUUUCCCAAUUUAUGUUACUCCUAUAGAAAUCGUCAAGGUAAAUUGGUUCGUACCGGUUACUUUUAUAAAUGGGUACAAUUGUACUUGGACUAUUAUAAUGCCUCUAUUGAUCAUUAUUUCAUCGAUAUGUGGGCUGAAAAUUAUACACAAUUGGAUGCCGCAAAUACUCUCAAUGAAAUGGGUUAUUGUCUAUUACCCGUAUUUCUCUCUAGAAAUGCAAAAUAUUUUGAAAGAAGCGAAGUGCUGCAUUUAACCAAAGUUACUCUGAUGGUACCUAGUGCCAAUGAAAUUUCAGCAAGUUUAUAUCUCGCCUUGCCCUAUAACGGUUUCAUAUGGUUGAUUAUCAUUUUAAGCUGUUUCAUGUUUUUCGUUCUAAUUUACUACAUCCAUAGUGGAAAUAAUAGGCAUAUUGCUAAGGAUUUUGGUAAAAUGGCUUUGCAGGCUUUCAGUGUAAUACUUUUUCUUGGCAUUGAUAUGGAUGGAAAGAGAUCGUUGAAACAUUUUUACUUCAAUCUUUUAUUCUUAUUUGCUGGUAUCUUUCUAACCAACUACUAUACCUCAAAUUUAUCUAGUCUUUAUGCAGCGAAAGUAUAUGAACCAGAACUUAAAUAUCUCACCGAUAUCGGUCGUACGAAUUUAAAAGUAUUAGAACAUUCUGUUGAUAUAGCUUUUAUGCUAAAUAUGGACUUACCUAAAGAAUUGGAUGGACGUUUUGUUACGGGUGGUAAUACAGAGUUGCCAAAAGCUCGUCUAAAUCUCAACAUGUCCUAUAUGUAUACGACUCACGAAGAAUUUGUUGAUUUUCUUUUAUUCCAACAACAAUAUCUCAAACAUCCGAUUGCCAAGAAACUGGAUCAGACAAUGUAUAGUCGUGCUCAUUAUGUAACAGUGCCUCACCGAUCUCCAUUGAUUGAUCACUUUAAUAGAUAUAUAUCGCGUAUCCGUGAAAAUGGCAUGUUGCAGAAGUUUAUAGAGGAUACCAAAUGGGAUGGUGUUUUAAGUGGUUAUUUAACAUUAUUGCGAGAUUCUGGUGAACGGAAACCUCUAACUUUGGAAUAUUUUCGUUAUGCUUUUGUUUUGUGGAUAUUUGGUUUACUGAUCGCUUUGCUAAUAUUUUUAAUUGAGUUAAAGAUUUGGGUGUUUAAACGACGAAGAAAUAAUUGA